AUCCGGAAACUACGUAAACAACGUCGAAUAUAUGAACAGUACCGUAAAGAUUCAAAAGCAUCAUUUAAUAAAUCUGAAAACGCUGAUAAAGAAUUGUUAGUGCAACAAAAACAGAUACUAGAGGACGAGUUAAUCAAUCGUGAAAAACGUUGGUCUGCAAGUGUAGCCCGUUUGCGCAAUCGUAUUGACGCUCUUGAGAAGCAAAACCAGGAAUUACGUAAAGAAAUUGUAAUCCUAGAAAGAUAUCGACUAAAAAAUUGUCAAAACCGAGAAUUCUUGCAUAAUCAAAAUAAUCAGAUCGUUAUGAGAAAAACAAAGAUUUAUGAUCAUAAUGGUAAGUUAUCGAACAAUAUUUGCGAUUACAAGACCUUAAUAGAUAAACUUAAGAACACGCCAAAAUGUGCAGUUCUUGAAAGUUAUGAGCAAGAAGCCAGUGAGACAGUUGCUCACAUCGUGAAUUUAACAGACAAUUACAAAGAAGUACAACACGGAAACGGAAUUGUAGAAAGAACGUUUACCGAUUGUAGUAGAGUAAUAUACUACUCUGAUGGAAGCAGUAAAGAAAUUAAUGCUGACGGGACUUUAUCUGUUAAUUAUUUAUACAAUGGAGAUAUCCUAAAGAUAAGCCCGGACAAAGAGGUAAUACAAGUUUAUUAUUACGCAGCUACGAAAACACACCAUACUACAUUUACCGAUGGCCGCCAAAUACUCAGAUUUGCGAAUAACCAAGCCGAGAUCCACUACCCAAACGGAAUGAAAAUUGUCGUUUUUCCCGAUAAAAGUAUUAAAUAUAUCAGUCCUGAUGGAAUGGAGGAGAAUUAUGAAAAGAUUGAAAGCUUAGAAUCGUCACAUUCGGAAAAAUCUAAAUUACCCGAUUCGACAAGGUAA